UGAAACCCCUUCAUUAUUUUUUAAUAUACAAUGUCCAUUUUAGUUGAAGCUAUCUUCUAUUUUAUAGUGCAUGUCCUUUUCGUUCACUCACAGAAUCUCUCCUCGGAACUAAACGAAACCUAUCAUGGUAACCUUUCGGAUUCAUGCGUUGGUAUGAAAAGCUGUUUUAACACCUGCCACAAUUCAAGCUCUGAGGAAACAAUGUGCCAGGUGCAUGUGUCAGGUAGAUCUAGAUCUAGCGCCUGUUCUUGUUCCACUGUGCAGUGCUCUCGGCUAGAUCGAUGGUGCGUUUUCCAGUGCAACAACGUAUCAUCGUUGAGCCCGGAGUGUGCCGACUGUUUAGCGAACAACAAUUCAGACAUGUGUGUGCAAACAUGUUUCAAUUCAAACCACUGCGCGGUGAGUGAGUGUCGAGAAGUGGAUUGUCACUCCUGUGCAACUGGCUUUUUUGGAGAUCGCUGCGAUCAGAGGUGUGCUGAGAAAUGUCAAGGCCGCUGCUAUCAGGAGAGUGGCUAUUGCGUGAAAUGUGAGCUCGGUAAGUUUGGACCUCAGUGCAACUUGGAAUGUCCACCGCACUGUUAUCGAGGCGCUUGUAUUGCUGAGACUGGCCAUUGUCGAUAUUGCGCGCAAGGAUAUAUCGGAACUACUUGCAACCAAACUUGUGGGAAGGGAUAUUUCGGCCGGAGGUGUAACAGUCGAUGUUCAUCUAACUGCAAGUCUGGCGAGUGUGAGCCGAGCACUGGACGAUGCGUCAACGGCUGCAACCCAGGAUAUUUUAAUGCAUUCUGCGACAAAAUGUGCCCCAGUGGGAACUAUGGGCCUGGCUGCCUGGCACACUGUCCAGUUACGUGCGAGGUCAGUGAAGCCAAUUCACCCUGCGACCACGUCAACGGCACUUGCCUUAACGGGUGCAAUGACGGGUUUCAAGGUGAACAUUGCAACGUUCCAUGCCCGACGGGAACGUUUGGCAAAAACUGCCAGAUGAACUGCAGCAAUCACUGCUUUCUCCAGGUCUGUAAUGCCUUUUCUGGACACUGCCUUCGGUGCGUUACAGAACGAGAAGGUCUAUUGUGUGAAACUGAGACGAUCAAGUUGCCUAAACUAAACAAACUUAUAGGAUCGGAUGUAACAACAGACCAGGUAAUCCUCAUUUUUAUAAUGCUCUUCCUAGUCGGAUGUUGUAUGUGGAUAAUCUUAGCCAGUUCUAUGUACCACAGAAGAAAACUCUUGUGGCAGAAAGUUUGGGAGAAAGGAAAGUUUCCCAGCCAUUACAGGUUACCUAGAAUAUGGAAGCAAAAAAUGGAACGAGCUGCCUUGUCCCCCGUCAAAAAUUAUUACAGAUUAAGAAGGUACUUAAGAUCCCCGGAACCGCGUAGAAUACAGAGACGUCGCAGCCAGAAGCUCAUAUCUAGCAGCGAGAGCUCAGAGGAGUCGGAGACCUCAAGUGACUCGACCACCACAAAUACCGAAACUCAAGAGCACCUGGACGUGACAGAGAAAACAGAGGCAGGAGAAAUAUAUCAGGAAGAAGGAGGGGGCGACACUAUGUCCAAGCCAGUACCAAGCAGAGAUGUCGUUGUGGAAGUCCUUCAGAAUAACGUGGUGCUUAAUCAAAAUGCCGCUGACGGAGAAAAAUUUAAGGCGCUUCCAUGGAAAAACCAAGAUAAAGAUCAGCUAACUCAGCCUGCGUACGUAAGCCUAACCCCAAGAAAGGCGAAUGAAAAUUGGGAGUCCAGAGCUAUUUGUGGGUCAGGUACGGGAUCUUCCAUUUCAGGACGCUUUUCCAACACAAUCCAAAUAGGCUCGGAGAGUUUUCUCACCAAUCACCAGAAGAGGCCGCUGAGACUUCUCAAAGCCACCACUCGGACGAGCACUGCUACAGUACAAGAGCUGGAUUCCUCCACCACGAGAUUUAGCAUCACGACAGAGGAAACAAUGACCACGGAGAGUGCAGUGCUGGAAGAAAGCUGCAAACUAAUGGGAGAAGCAGCUCUUGUGAAAACGCCGUCAGACACACCAGAGUUGACGGAGUCAGAGACACACAGAAGCACAGAGACAGAUUCGGAGUCGGACACAACUAAAAACACCACGACAGAAGAGGAGAGUGAAGAAAGCUCAACCACGACCAGCACAAGUACAGUGAAAUCCAAGUCCGAAAGUUCACGCUUAACGACUAAAAAGAAAGAAUCGAUACUAUCUAAAGCUCAAGAAAUGCCAUCCAGCAAACGUUUGAGCAACUUACUAAAUAAAAAUGUACCAGCGACUUAUAAUCUCCCUCCGCCUGCCCAGCGUAAACCCCCUGAACCACCACCGAGGCAGGGCGUUUUGAAAAAAAGUUUGGAUUUUUUGUCCAGGAAAAUCCCAAUAAGAAUAAAAUAUGCGGCAAAAGAGGAGGAGGUUUUCGUUUCUAGAAAAGAGAGCAUUGAAAAGCGCCACAUGUCAUCGCGGUUCUUGCUGACCAGACUACACGACUGGCGUCGUGCAAAGGAGAUGCAGCUGGAGGUUACAGCGGGUGUCGUAGAAAUCAAAGAUGAGAAAAGUUCAAAGGGUAAGUCUUCAACAACAGAAUCAACUUCUCGUAUCACCACCAGCACAACCGCCUACACAUCCCAAGGUGCAACGCACACACCCGCUUCCGGAGAGACGGAAGAAACGACAAGGGAGACCAGCCACACAAAGACAACAAGAACCUCAGCGACUUCGGCGGAGACAACGACCGGUGAUGAGCGAAGCUCCACGACACGUAGGUCCACGACAACGUCGUCAGGUCGUAGCUUUAGCCAAUCAGAAGAGAGAACCAGCAGACGAACUAGAAAGAGCUUGAACACAAACCCAUUGAGUACUAUAGAUGGCAGCAUCUUGAGUAGUCUCCCUGAGUCCAGGACCUACUCAAAAACUAGAACAUCCAAAACUGCUUCAUCUUCAGGACAUCCGACGUCAUCAACCGAAUCUAAUAUGCGUCCUGAAAGUGAAACACGCCCUGACCGUGAGUCACGUGACAGAAAACGACGUGAACUCCAACGCCUCCAACGUAAGCAUCUAGAAAUAGUGAAUUCAUUACAGAAAAGUUUGGAGAUGAUCUCCCCACAGAUGCCCAGGAAAAGCCUGCAGGAACUACAUCACUCGGCCACAGAGAAACUGGACAGAUUUCACGGGCCCCGCGGAGAGAAGAGAAGCCGUUCAGCUAAACGCCUCGGAGAGAAGAGAAGCCGUUCAGCUAAACGCCUCGGAGAGAAAGAAAGAGCCGAUGUCAUUUCCUAUCGUGGUGCCAGGAAACUCGCCGAGGGCUUCUGGGAGAACACGAACCCGACUCCUGGCCUAUCGGGUAGUACUCUGAAUGUCUCGCAGACAAUAGGAAAUCAAUCAUCGAUACAGCCGUCAGGGGCGUCCACCAGGACUUGAAGUUAACGAAAUAAUCAUGACGGCAUAAAGAAUAAAAUGCAAGGGCGAGAAAGUUAUAAAAAUGUUUCUUUAUUUACUACCAGCCGGACAUUACCCGCGGCCUGCGGGCCUUAGUUUGUGUAUUACUAAUCUAGUGGGUUGGAUUUAGAUCUAUGUCAAACUUAGCUAAUGUUCUUUUCAAGUUUAUCUCUUUCGCCACGAAAAUAAAAGUUGUUUUGCAAAAAAUGGGUUUAUCUGUUAAGACAAUACAUCUGUAUCUGUUAAAAAUGAAAGGAGCGCGAGAUGAAUGAGAUAUAAGGUACAAUUAAAAUGUUAAAUGAAUGGGAUUAUAAAGUACGUCAGGAGGUCUAAAUUCUCAGAUAUAAGGAACGAAUUUAUGGAAAAAGGUUUUGAAAUACAAAUUUGAAGGUUAAUUUUAUUAAAUAAUGAAAUCAAUAGACAAUAUAUUGUAUUUUCAUGUGUCAAAGUAAAAAACUAUCUGUGCAUAGUGUAGUUUUAAAAAUUAGAUCUAGAUCUAGUUCCUUUCAAUCUAAACAUGGUAAACAUGGCCUAGAUUCAAGAAAUAGUACCACUUUCAUAGAGUUGGGCAACUUUUUUUUUGAUGGUCUUAAUUUUUUUUUUAGGGCUACUAUACAUACGUUACGGCUCCAGUUGGUACCAAAGGAACAUUUAUGCCAAGUUUUAUCAAGAUUAGUCAAAAUGUUUCGAUUUCUAUUACGGACAUACAUACAUACGCCUUACUUUCUACUUUAUAGUAUAGAUUUAUGUACCAUAGAAAAAACUUAACUAUUAAUUUUUACAAACAAUAUUUUAUUCAUCUCGUACCUAUUUAUAUCUAUCUAUCUAUAUCUACAUGAUUUUAGGCCCUACACACUCCCAUGUACGCUGCCUCAAGGUGUCUCAAUUUUUAAGUCAAAACAUAGUAUUUUUUUAUAUUAUAAAAAUGUAUUAUAUACUGGUAUUUGUCUCAGUGAUUCAAUAAAAUUCUUCAGAUGUCAAAUAACUUCUGGACUCC